AAUACAUUAAAAUGUUUGCUCCUUCUUGAUUUUUAUGAAUGAGCAGCAAGCAGAGUGUGCCACUCAGUCUCUCACACAGGUGAUUGGUACGUUUACUUGACCAUGAGAAACACGAUUACUAGCAAUUGUCGGUUUAUUCCAAUAAUACACAGUAAAAUCCAUAGUGUAAAAUAUGCAGUGUCAAAGUACAUUGACUCUUACAGAGUUAUUACUACAACAGUUGGAGUAAGAUACCGCCCAGUGUUGGUGAAAAAGUACGUUGUUAAAAGACGCAGUGUCAGACGUACUCUGGAAAGCUCCGCCCACCUACGACUCGUCUCAAACGGACCACACAUUUUCACGGCGCCAUUUUCUUCAUGUGGAAUGACUGCGGGAGCAUGCUGCUUAAAGCUAAACUUGGAGAUGUCCAAAAAUUUGUCAGAAUAACUGAGCCAAAUCUGAAAGACUUUUUGAUUGCAGCAUUUGCAAGUUUGGUGUCCCAGCUGUAACAGAAGGUGUGAAAGUUGUUGACAGUUCAGGGACUGAAUUGGAUGAUGAUGUUUUUGAGGAUAUUAUAAAGGAUCCCUCAACUGGGGUGCUAACCAUCAAAUAUGACUCAGAAUCUGUCUCCAUGGUGGCCUCUUCUGAGCAAUCCCAACCAUCAUCCCUUGAUACCUUGGACUCUGAGGAUACAGUCAUUAUUUCAGAUAGCCCCUCCAGAAAACGCCAGAGGCUGGAUACAGAAGCCAAGCAAUUGGUGGAAUCAGCUCUUACCAACAAACCCGGUGGGGAACGUAUAAUAAAUGAAUACAACCGAACCAAGUCCUUGACGGAUGAAACAAGACGCAAAAUGGUGAACAUGCUGGCAGCUGACAUGACAGAAAAGAAUGGUACAUCUCCACCCAGACAGGUGAAAGAAAUGUAUGCCAAAGGAAUAGUGACCUUAUUCCCGUACCUCAGUGACCCAUUCUCUAAGAAUGGCUAUGAGCAUUAUUAUGAUGGCGAGAGUGGAACUGGGUACUUGGCCUGGAGGAUUAAAACUAUUCAGAGAGGCACCGCCAAAGACAGGCGAUCAUCAUUCGGAGAAUCAGCCAAAGGAUCAACUGGUGAAGACAUGUCUGGAGGACCGACUGUCAGACGAGAAUCCCAGUUUGUUCCAGAGACUGCCCUGACUGAAGAUGAGUGCAACGAAGCAAUCUCACUGAUGAAACAUUCUGCUGAUGCAGACACAAUCAAGAAGAAAAUGAAACUGACGUUUGUGUAUCGCCGCAAAAUGAUCCUCGACCCCCAGCAGUCAAGCAACAUACUGUCUGAGUUUCCACGUUUUAAAGACAUCAAAAGCUUGGUAAUUAUGUUAUUUUGAAAAUACUAUGACAAGUGAAUUGUUUUGUAAGACAUUGUAGUGAUACUAGCUAGCUAAACUAGCACCCAAUACAAUUGUGUAAAACCCAAUGUAUUUUGUAAAAUCAAAAUUAUUGCUGUGAAAGAUGACUGUGUAUUGCUCUGUGGAAAACUGAUGGAAACUGUGUUUUGAUUACCAUUACUAUGCCUUUAAGGUCAGGAUGCAUCCAGACAGGGUUCAAAAGGUGAUCAACAUUAAUGAACUGUGUUACUUUAAACCUUUUGAUGUUCAAAUGAAGUAUGGAACGACAGAUUCCUCCUUGUAUGUUGUUCCCUAUUGCCAUUUUAUGGAAACCUAAGGUCAAUGUUUUAAAAAGGGAUUUGUAUUCUUAAUAUAUUUUAGCCUGACAUAGUUGAGCUGUUAAUAAAAAUUUGAAAUGCAUUAU